AUGAAGGUUAAAUCUUUCGAAUGGUCAGAAGUAUCGUUGUAUCUUCCCGCAAAGAGGAAUGAAGAAGAGGUGUGCUUGUUGGAUAAUGUGAGUGGACUGAUGAAGCCUGGGGAAAUCAUGGCACUUAUGGGUCCGUCAGGAUCAGGAAAGACUACUUUAUUGAAUAGGUUAUCAAAUAGAAGUAAUCCCAAGUCUUCAAGACAUACUGGGGAUAUAUUAAUUAACAACGAAGUCGCCACACUGGCAGAUUUAAAAGAAGUUUCCAACUAUGUGGAACAAGAAGAUUCGUUAGUAGGCUCUUUAACAGUCAAAGAAACAGUGGAAUUUAGUGCUAAAUUUGCAAAUAUUCCAAAAAGACACAGAGGUGAUCUAGUGAAUGAGAUCAUUAGUCUUUUGGGCUUAGAGAAUCAAAAAAAUUUGAAAAUUGGGACACCAUUGCAGAAGGGAAUCUCAGGUGGACAAAAGAGAAGAACAAGCAUUGCGUCACAAGUAUUAGGAAAACCGCAAAUACUAUUUUUGGACGAGCCUACGUCAGGGUUAGACUCAGUUGCCUCUAGAGAAGUCAUUAAUACCUUGAAAAAGAUCGCAAUUAGUGAAGGGAUAAUUGUAAUCGCAUCAAUUCACCAACCUUCUACUUUCACCUUCCAAUUGUUUGACAAAGUUAUGUUUUUGUCGAAAGGUAUGCCUAUUUAUAACGGUAGAGUUUCAGAGAUCCCUGAUUAUUUUAAAUCGAUUCAUUAUGAAAUUCCUAGAUAUUACAAUCCUUCGGAAUUUAUUUUAGACCUUAUCAACACAGAUUUUUCCAAUAGUAUCACUAAUGACGAAGAGUCAACUAUAGGUGACAAGGAAUUGAUUGUAAAUGAUUUAGUUAACAAAUGGCGCAAAGUUGAAGAACGCCAAAAGGCACAACAAGUUGAUGAAAACUAUUCAGAUUUUCAAUCAGAGAAAGCAACACUGAAGGAAAAAAAUGAAUUCUUGUUACCUUGCAUUAGAUUUAAGAAUAUUCUUGUCAGAGAAAGUAACCGUACACGUAUUUUGUUACAAAGAUUGCUAAUCAAAUCAAGACGAGAUGUUUUGGCAUACUAUGUAAGAAUUAUUAUGUACUUAGGCCUAGCAGUCUUGAUGGGAACAGUAUGGCUAAGAUUGAAUAAUAACCAAGACAAUAUCCAGCCCUUUACUAAUGCCAUCUUUUUUUCUGGUGCUUUUAUGUCAUUUAUGUCAGUUGCAUACAUACCCUCUUUUAUUGAAGAUUACAAUAGCUAUAAGAAAGAAAAGAUGAAUGGAAAUUAUGGACCUUUUUCAUUUGUUUUAUCAAAUUUCAUUAUUGGUGUUCCAUUUUUAUUCAUUAUAGCUUUAUUAUUCAGCAUAGUCACUUACUUUAUGUGUCACUUCCAUGAUAGCUCAAAAGGCUUUGGUUACUAUGUUAUGUGGCUAUUCCUUGAUUUGCUUGCUGCUGAAUCGAUGACUGUGUUCAUUGCUUCUAUUUUCCCGAACUUUGUCGUAUCCUUGGCAUUGACAGCAUUUGCAAAUGGGCUAUGGAUGUCAGUUGGAGGCUUUUUGGUUAGUAGCAAAAUUUUGAACGAUUUCUGGUAUUACACUUUCUAUUGGAUUAAUUACCAAAGAUAUGUAUUUCAAGGAAUGAUGUUCAACGAGUUUGAACAUCGUAUAUUUGAUUGUGACUCAAACUGUCACUGCUUAUAUGAGUCAAGUUUGUCUAGUCAAUGUAAGAUUGCAGGCACGGCAGUAUUAGAGAAUCUAGGCUAUUCCAACAACGACAAGGGCCUUUGGAUCGGAAUAUUAAUUGUAUUAAUAUUUGUAUUUAGGUUGGGAAGUUAUGCUGCUCUAAAGGUAAGAAAAUGA